UGGAGGCGUGACUUCCUGUGAAAACUUUGGUACAGAGAAAGGAGAAAGUCCGGACUUGUGGGGAAGUUUGCUUCUUCAGAAACUCUUUUCUGCCGUUACCGUGCCUUUGAAAACAACCCUACGGCCGCGAUAGUUUUGUUUUUAGCGUUUUGCACCUUUAGAUGUAGUAGAAAUCGACAAUCCGUAUGUUUUUAUGCAGUUGUAUUCGUCGGCGGAAAGGAGGGCUAAAUGGCCGCGGGCCGAGUUAUGAUUAGACCGAGUAUUUACAGCAGAAGAUCCUAGCAAAAAUGCAGUCCAAGGAGCACCUCACAGCCUUCGUCCGUGCGGUCGAGGAAUUGGAGAAGACCAGCGCGGACGGCGUGGACGGAUUCGCUCGGGAAUUCGCGAAACUGAAGCAGCAGUCGAUGCAGUACAAGUUAGACAAGACAUACUCCACCACUCAUGGAGAGAAGGAAUGUAACAGGAGGAAAAACAGAUACAAGGACAUCCUCCCAUUCGACUAUUCCAGAGUUCAGCUGUCAGAGGUCAAAGGCACUCCAGGGUCAGAUUACAUCAAUGCCAACUUUCUGAAGGGAGCGACAGGAAAGAGAACGUACAUCGCAUCACAGGCACCACUCCCUGCCACGGCUGUGGACUUCUGGAGAAUGCUGUGGGAAUACAACGUUAAGGUUGUGGUGAUGGCUUGUCGGGAGGUGGAGCAGGGGAAGCACAAGUGUGAACGUUACUGGGCCAACAGAGGUGAGGAGAAGACCUUCGGUGACAUCACAGUUACCAUGGAGGACCAGAGUAAGAUAACUGACGACUUCUUAAGACGGAUCAUCCUGGCUAAGAAAGGCUCUGAGACCCGACAGCUGGUCCAGUUCCACUACACUACAUGGCCGGACCACGGCGUACCGCUGUCCCCGCGAUCCAUCAUCGACCUCAUCAGGCAGUUCCGGGAGGUCCAACCCACCGACGACAACCCCAUCUGUGUACACUGCAGUGCUGGCUGUGGAAGAACUGGCACCAUCUGUGCCAUAGACUACACCUGGAACCUGCUGAAGAAGGGGCAAUUCAAAGACCUGACCAUGUAUGAGCUGGUUACGGACAUGAGGAAACAGAGACCAGCUAUCGUACAAACUAAGGAGCAGUAUGAGCUGGUAAACAGGGCUGUACUGGAACUGGUGGAGGACAGUCUGAAGAAAAUGCACAACUAUGAGAACUUCCCUUUAAAUUUCAACAAUGGACAGGCCUCUCUGACUAGUGACUAUGAAGUUGUAGCCCUUCUUGAUGAAGAUUCCUAUCCAGAAGAACCUCCGCCCAAACCCACUAGGAAGAGACCAGAGGUCCCAGCCAGACCGCCCCUCCAUCCACAGAAACCCCAGUCUCCUGCCUCCCCCCAGCCUUCCAACCUCCUCGACGGAAACUAUGCAAACGUGAAACCUGCACUCAAAGCCAAACCUCCUAUUUUGGCUAAACCUUCAGAAGUCCAGACAAGGAACCAGGAGUAUGCAAAUGUGUCGACAAACGAAACCUCCCGAGCACCGGGCGCUAUGUACGAAAAUGUCCUGCUUCCCACCAAGAGCCCAAGUUCUGUAACAACACUGUAUGAAAACAUUCAUCCUUCAGAGAUAGGGUCAAGUUCUGGUGGGACUUCUGGGAUGGGAAGCAUGUCAGAUGAGUCGACCCAACCCCAGAAUGCACCUCGCAGGCCAGCUGUGCCAACAAAACCUGCCUCUUUCAGCACAGACAAUCCGUAUGAAGAUAUAGACUACACAAAGGACAAAAUGGAGGGAGGGAGAGAAGCAGAUGAGCAGAAGCAGCAUCCUCACCUGCCCAGGUUUGCUCACCUGGAGAAGAUCCGUUUGCAGCAGCAGCUGCAGAGUUUUGGGGUGGAGGCUCAGGCUGACGAGGACAUGGAAGAAGAAGAAAAACAUUCCAAACUUCCGUUCAAGAAACUCAAUUUUCCUUUUGGACGUAACAAAAAGGAAGAGGGGACCAGUAGUGAGUCUUCCAAGCCUCCAGGGGGCGUGAGUGUGUUUCCUAGCACAGCAGUUAGUAGCUCCACCAAUGGCAGUAGUUCUAACACAGAGGCUCCUCCAAAGAUAGGAAAAAAGGGGCUGCCAGUUGGUGGAGUAAGUGUUCUACCUACAGGCUCCCCGAUGAAGCUAAAAGAUAGCCCGCCAGCCAAGCAGAAUCAUGGGAAAUCACCGACCGAUGGGCUUGCAGCAAUCAUGAAGGGAGUCUUCCUUCAGCCCACAAAAACAACAGAAUCGACUGCCAACCCAGGCAGGAAGCAAGACGAUUCUUUAGAAAACUCGCAGAAGCCCGUAACUCCAGUAGACAGACGUCCCAUGCUGCCUCCCCCCAGACCCAACUAUUCCCCAAGAACUGUAGCUGAUACAGACCUCUACUCUGAGGUAAAAGACUUUGACAACAAGAGGGCUGACACGGACCUGUACGCAGAUGUCAAGGACACCGUUGACCCUGACAGCAAGAGCAGCAAAUCAAAUGACCUUGCUGAGUACUCCACGCCAUACGACCUACAGUCUGGUGCUACAGAAGAUCACACUCAAGUAUACUCAGAGGUGAAACCAAAGAAGCAGCAGCUCAACAGUAGUGGCGGGAAUAUUGGCGACUACACAGAAGUGAACAUGGAGGACGAGGUGUUUGCAAACAGGAUGGAGAUACAGGACACGUAUGAGGACGACGGAACAUACGCGACGGUGGAUGUAGGACAGUUCAAUGCCUCGCACAGUCAGAGGUCAAGCACGUGCAGUUUGGGCAUUGACGAUGAUGCAGGCAGUGAUGAUGACAGUGCACCUCCCAUUCCAACUCGCACCAAGGAGUCAUACGAGUAUGGUGAAGAAGACCUGGACCGUAUCUCCACCCAUUCCUCAGACAAGUCAGACUCCCUCCCGAUGGACACCGCAGCACCUGCCUCAAGUGCACGGAAGAUGAAGAUGAAGAACUUCUUACACAAGGGGAAGAACAUGUUGAAGAUCAACCACAGCUCAGGUCUGACAGAGCAGGAGAAAAAGGAACUGCAAGAAUGCUCUGAGGCCAACUUCAGGCCAUAUCAGCCCACCUACACAGGACAACCUGCAGUCCACAACAACCAGGAUAUAGGUUUUGGCAAGAGAGUUGGAAAGCCAAAAGGACCCAGGGGCCCACCAAAGAACUGGUUCAGAAAAGACAAGGGAAAAGACACACUAUCAGCCUGAAGGUGAUACUUCAAGGUAAAAGGCUUGUGUUCAGGGUGGGCGGGGUUAUACACAGUACAGCAAAGCACUUCAGCACAGUGAGAACUUCUGGAACAGCAAAGUAUGGUGGGAAUUACAGCAAGGCACCAUGGGAACAACAGCAAAGCAGUAUGGGAACAACAGCAAAGCUGUUGAGGAACAAAGACUAAAUUUAAAUGAUUAUCAUGGGAACUACAACAAAGCACCAUGGGAACUACAACAAAGCACCAUGGGAACAAGGGCCAGGCAGUAUGGGAACAAAGACUGUGUAACAAAAUGACAAAAAAAAUUAGUGGCAGCAGGAGGGAAAAUUCUUGUACAAUCAAAAUGCUGCUGAAGUAUUACAAGUCUGUUUCCUUCAUUUCAAUGUGACUCAAAUCAAGAUAUGUCAUGCUUCCUUUAAUGUCAUUACUGUGUAUAUGACAGGGUAUCAGUCAUCACAGGCUAUAAAAGACUGUCAAAGCUUUAAGUCAUCCCAAAAGACUUUGUCAGUCAGGCCAUUUAGGCUGGAGAAAAAUGUACCAGUUUAUGCUGAAAAACAUAAUAUUUGCACCAAAGAAACACUUUAUUCAAGUGGAAAUAAUAGCAGUAGAGAAGUUAUAUGCUAAUAAUAGGGCUACACUCUACAAGUGAUAUUAACAGCAUAUAAUUACUAGAAACAUCAUGAUUAUGUUUUCCUAACUUACUUGUGAAAAUUGGUUAGUUUGAUAAUACAAUACUGUAUCUGUAUGAACUGUGAAGAGGAACCCAAAUGGCUGAGGGACCAGUGCAAGGACAACAGUUUUGGGGAACAUUAAUUUUCUUCCCAGAACUCCUUAAUGUGUCAACUACAGUUCUGACACUUUUAGAAUUGCUUUUAUGUUUGAGGAGAUUCAUUGUUUUAAGGUAUGAUUUUUUUUUCAAAAUCGGGACCCUUUUUUAUAUUUCAGAAAAUGGAUGCUAGGUAUGAUGUGAUUCUUCAUUACUAUUUGAUCUUACAAUUUGUUAUGUUUAUAGCUUUGAUGAAAUUUUUUUAAUAUUUUAAGGAAAUUUGCUAGUUGCUAAUGUGCAGAGGAAUAUAUACAAAUGCAUUGUGUACAUGGUGUUCAAAACCUGAAAUGAAGAAAUGUAUGUCAGAUGUUAUAGGAUAGAAGGAUUGGCAGGGUCAUAGGCUGUAAGUUAUAAUUCUUGAGUACUUUAUCAUACAAUCAAUAAAGAGCUGGGAGGACAAGUGUUGGGUCAAAUGGCUACCAACACAACAGUUAAAGGUAAUAGGUUAUAUGGUUGAAUCAGAGGCUCAUACUUAACAUAAACUGGUAUUUGAAUAGUUAAUAUAACAUCAUGGUAUUUUAACUGUUGUAUCCAGCAAUGCAAGCUGUAUUAUGUUUACCCAUGUACUUGUAUAUAUAAAUAUAUAUAGCAAAGCUACAUAUGAAGGUGAUAAAAAUAUCAAUAAGCGACUAAUUUCUAACAAUUGUAAAAUUUGGUUUAUGUGAAAUGGAUAUAAUGUUUAUGGGAACUUGUGAAGCUAUAAAUCGUUAUUUAUAAUUUUUUUUGUACUAGACUGGGACCCCAGUUGAUUUUUUUGCACUGCUACUAAUAAUCGGACAUCAAACAGGUUGUACAGGUUACAAUGUUGGAGAUAAGCUACAAUUAGGAAUCAUUGAAUAAUUGAAUAAGGAAUUAUUAUUAUAACAGUUUUAAAAUUGCUAAUAUUAUAAUCUUAAAGCUAUAUCUGUUGUCUACACAACUAAGAGGCUGCUAGAGGCUGCAUUGUGAAAGCAAUUACAUGUACUAGUAUUCAAUAUGUUUCAAUAAGGCACUGGUGUCCUUCAAUGUGUACUUGUGGCCAAACAAAAUUAACUUGUUGGUUCAUAGAUUCACCUAUUUUAUCUUUUUUUUCUGAUUUUAAGGUUCUGCACAAAAAAUUAGAGAAGAUACUUCUUUUCCUAAUUAUUACAUGUGGCCACGGAUUGAAAGUUCAGAUUCCAUUGAGUUCAUUGUCUGUGGCUCCUAUAGUGACGUUCAAAUCUAUCACUGGACAUUUUCUUCAUUUUGCCCACCUAUUUAAAGUUCUCAAAACUCUGAGAACCAAGAUAUUAAGAUGGUGAGGCCUGAGGGAUACUGGGCACUGUACAUGUACCCUUUAAAAUCAUAUUUUCUGGCUUGUACGUCUGAAACUCAUGAUAUUUUCUUCAUUGUCACUAUAUCUAUAAUGUUGGUUUAUAUACAUUCAUCCAUUCCAAAGGAAAGUAAGUCGAAGUUGUGUUUAUGUACAUCGACCACUCAAUGGAAUUCAUUUACAAAAUUGGGCACUACAGAGGGCAAGUGAUUCAAACCACCAGCACUUCAUGUUAGAAAAGGUUGAUUCAUAAUUAUUGGAAUAAUAUUUGGUUUCUAAUGCUACACAAACAUGUUUCAUGUCAAAUAUGAAACGAAAGGUAAAUGUAUAGAGAAUUACAACAUUUCUGUACAAGAAUAUGAUUGCAAUAUUGAAAAUACCAAUAAAGACAAUGAAAUAUG